AGAGGCCGCCCCGGUCGCGCGGCGGCGGGAGCGGCCGGCGGAGGCUGCGCGGCCGAGGGGGAGGGCCGGGGGAGGGGACAUCGCCCCUGCCCGCCUCCUCCCGCCCCCCCCUCCCCCGCCCCGCGCCCGGAGGCUCCCGAGUCUCAGUCGGCGCCCAGCAUCCCGCUGCCCCGGACCCUCCCUGCGGGCGCGCACCGGGCUCAACUCAGGCUCAGGACUGCAGGUGGAUACCCACUGCCCAGGAUUCACUGAGUGUGGACAGGACAGCCUCUUUGGAAGGCCAGCUGUACUGGAGUUCUGCCUCGGCAUGGGCCUUGCCAUCAAGCCAGCCCCGUGGUCUGUGCUGGUCUGAGGGUGCUGCCUGUCAUGGGGGCAGCCAUCUCCCAGGGGGCCCUCAUUGCCAUCGUCUGCAACGGCCUCGUAGGCUUCUUGCUGCUGCUGCUCUGGGUCAUUCUCUGCUGGGCCUGCCAUUCCCGCUCUGCGGACAUCGACUCUCUCUCCGAAUCCAGUCCCAACUCCAGCCCUGGCCCCUGUCCUGAGAAGGCACCCCCGCCCCAGAAGCCCAGCCAUGAAGGCAGCUACCUGCUGCAGCCCUGAAGGCCCCUCACCUCACCUGGAGUCUGGGGCCUAAGUCUGCCCCACCCAGAGCCUGGAAUCGGAAUCCCAGGGUCUAGCCAGCCUGGGGUCCAGAGCCCAGAGUCCAGCCUGUCUGGAGCUGGACCUAGCAGCCCAGAGUUGAGCCGGUCUGGCUCCACGAGGAGCUCUGGUGGCCCUUGGUAGACAGGCCUGGGGUGGGGAUUCCUGAGUUGGUGCUAGGGCCAGGGCCAUCUCGACUGUGCUCCAUUCUGAGGGCCAGGGACUGGGACCACCUCUCCCUAGGCCAAUUGCCUCCAGGCCCUUGAGGUUGGGGAAGCAAACUGGAAUCCAUGGCAAUAACGGGAGGGUGUCCAGGCUGGGCCCCUCCUCAGGUCCUCCCACUGUUUGCUGGAUAAUAAAUGGAACUAUGGCUCUA